AUGACAAAAAUAAAUUCAAGUUUACCAAGUGAAAUUGAUGACUUCUUUGAUAAUAUAUUAGAAAAUGAGAAAGACUUGACUAGUUUAUUUACUGAAAUUAUUAUAAAUAAAGCAAGAGAAUUGCUUGUUUCAGAUUUAAAUAAUGUGGAUAAUAACUCUAAAAGUAUUGAUUGGAAUACUGGUUCUGUAUUAACUAUAAUAAGUGGAAGUAUAGAAGAUAAUGAUUUUCAAAAAAUUGGAUUACAAAUAGGACUUGACUUUUUUAAAAAUUGA